AUGAGGACAGCGGUGUACAUAUUUUAUCUCCUUCCUGCUCUGACAGCAAUAGCAAGGGCAACACCAGCAGGGAGUGCUGACCUUUUGGUCUCUCUGAAACAUGGCAGAAUCAGAGGGGAAUACGUGACAGUGAAAGGCACGGAGAGGAGGGUGAAGCAAUACCUGGGAAUCCCUUUUGCCCGUCCCCCUGUGGGGCCUCUCCGCUUUGCAGCUCCCCAGGAUGCAGAGCCAUGGGAGGGGGAGAGAGACAGCACACACCAGCCUCCCAUGUGCAUCCAGGAUCCAGAAAUAGUUGUGAAUGUUUCCAGGACCAUGUCAGUGCAGUACACCCCACCGGAGCUUUCAGAGGACUGCCUGUACCUGAACGUAUACAGUCCGGCUGAGGCAGCAAAAGGGGACAAUCUGCCGGUAAUGGUGUGGAUCCAUGGAGGAGGUCUGACAGUGGGUGCGGCUUCUCAGUAUGACGGCGCUCCAUUAGCUGCUUAUGAAAACAUAGUGAUGGUUAUUAUCCAGUAUCGUCUGGGCAUUCUGGGAUUCCUGAGCACUGGAGACGAACACGCUCAGGGCAACUGGGGAUUCUUGGAUCAGCUGGCGGCUCUGAGAUGGGUGCAGGAAAAUAUUGAAGCCUUUGGUGGCGAUCCACAAACCGUCACAGUCGCUGGAGAGUCUGCAGGAGGCAUCAGUGCAUCCAUACUGACUCUGUCUCCACUGGCGAAGGGACUGUUUCAUAGGGCAAUUUUUCAAAGUGGAGUAGCAACACUUGGGACCUACACUACAAACCGUCCUUUGAGCUAUGCCAAGAUUGUUGCCAACCUUACUGGAUGUGACCACAGUAGCACAGAGGAACUGGUCCAAUGUAUGAGGGGAAAGAGUAAAGAUGAGCUGGUUGAUGCGACUAAAAAGAUGAGAGUUUACCUGGGAGGCGUGGUGGACGGCGUCUUUCUGACUGACACAGCGGAGGAGAUUCUCAAGAGGAAAGAAGUGCUGAAGGUCCCAGUGAUGAUGGGAAUAACCAACCAUGAGUUUGGAUGGAUCCUGCCUCAGAGCUUUGUCCCUCCUGGCUGGGAGCACGGUAUGAACAGAGAGUCUGUCCUGGCAAUGGUGAACCUGUUCAAUCCUGCAGGGGUAUCGUCUGCCAACAGCCUCAUCGCAGAUGAAUACCUGAAAGAUGCCAAAACCCCCGAGGAGAUCAGGGACGGAUUCACUGAAGUCAUGGGAGACCUGCUCAUGACGCUGCCCGUUGUCAAGGUGGCCGGAUACCACUCAGAUGUGGGCGUUCCAGUUUACAUGUAUGAGUUCGUACACCGUGCUGAGAUACACAAGCACAGACCCAGCUUUGUGAAGGCAGACCAUGCAGAUGAUGUUGGCUUCAUGUUCGGUGGCUGUUUCUGGAACGGACAGACACAGAUCAUAGGCAACAUUACCAAGGAGGAUGAAAGCCUUUGUAGGACCAUGAUGGCAUAUUGGGCCAAUUUUGCCCGUACAGGCUCUCCCAGCAGUCCAGGUCUGGUCAGCUGGCCUCAGUAUGACAGGCAAAAGCAGGAGUACAUGGAGCUGGGCCUGACGCAGACGGUGAGACAGAAACUGAGGGAGGACAGGGUCCAUUUCGCCACCGUCACCCUCCCUCAGAAGCUCAAACAGUUAGCGGCAGCCAAGACUGGAAACUGAUCUCUGCAAGCUGUCAUAUAGGUUGUAUUGGUCC